ACCAUAUGAUACCAUAUCCCUCUUCCUCUGAGGCUGAAACUGCUAACCCCCGGAGAGAGAAAGAGUGAGAGAUCGUAAUGCGAGGGACGUCGUCGUUUUAAGACUCGAGUUAAUGAAAGUACAGGCUUGGUGGUUGGGAGUAGUUGCUUAAAUGCCUUGGUGAGGAGCAAGGAGUGAUUAAAAGCAGUGCCGUAAACCCAAAAACGACAAAAAAAAAAUCCCAACGAUAAUGGAGUGCGUUGCAACGAGAAACUUGGCGGCAAUGGCGUUUUGCAUAAGCCCUUCUUCGAGGUUGCGGUUACGAAGGAAGAAGCUGCUUUCGUUGUUCGGUUGGCAUAACCGUCACUCGCAUUCGCACUGUGUGAAGGUUGAAGCCAAAGCCGGCGCAGGGAGCGAGAGUUGCGUGGCCACCAAGGAGAACUUCGCCGACGAGGAAGAUUACGUUAAGGCCGGUGGCUCCGAACUCGUUUUCGUCCAAAUGCAGCGGAAGAAAUCCAUGGAAAUGCAAUCCAAGCUUUCGGAUAAGUUGCCACCUAUCUCCAUAGGAGAUGAUAUACUGGAUCUAGUUGUGAUUGGUUGUGGUCCGGCUGGUCUUGCUCUGGCUGCUGAAUCUGGCAAGUUAGGAUUAAAAGUCGGGCUUAUUGGUCCGGAUCUCCCUUUUACAAACAAUUAUGGUGUGUGGGAGGACGAAUUUAAAGGUCUUGGACUUGAAGGUUGUAUUGAACAUGUUUGGAAGGAUACUAUUGUGUAUCUUGAUAAUAAGGAUCCCAUUUUAAUUGGACGUUCUUAUGGGCGUGUCAGUCGGCAUCUGCUUCAUGAGGAAUUGUUAAGAAGGUGUGUCGAGUCAGGUGUGUCAUAUCUUAACUCAAGAGUAGAAAGGAUUGUUGAGGCUAGCAAUGGUCAUAGUCAUGUUGUCUGUGAAUAUGAUAUUGUAGUGCCCAGCAGGCUUGUUACUGUUGCAUCAGGAGCAGCUUCAGGGAAACUGUUGCAGUAUGAGGUAGGGGGUCCAAAGGUGUCUGUCCAAACAGCUUAUGGUGUGGAAGUUGAGGUGGAAAACAAUCCUUAUGAUCCAAGCCUUAUGGUUUUCAUGGAUUACAGAGACUACAUGAAGCAAAAUGUUCAAUGUCUAGAAGCAAAUUAUCCAACAUUUCUUUAUGCGAUGCCCAUGUCUCGUACAAGAGUGUUCUUUGAGGAAACCUGUUUAGUGUCAAAAGAUGCCAUGCCUUUUGAUUUAUUAAAGAAAAAGCUCUUUUCAAGAUUAAAUACGAUGGGGAUCAGAAUUACAAAGACUUAUGAAGAGGAAUGGUCUUAUAUUCCAGUCGGUGGAUCCUUACCAAACACAGAGCAAAAGAACCUUGCAUUUGGUGCAGCUGCCAGCAUGGUGCAUCCAGCCACAGGCUACUCUGUUGUGAGAUCUUUGUCAGAAGCUCCAAAAUAUGCUUCAGCAAUUGCUAGUAUUUUGAAAGAAGGCCGUGAAACGGAUAUUAUUACUCAUGAAAGAAGUAAGGAGAAUCUAUCUAUGCAAGCUUGGAAUACACUUUGGCCACAAGAAAGGAAACGGCAGAGAGCAUUCUUUCUGUUUGGAUUAGCGCUAAUUCUGCAGCUGGACAUUGAGGGCAUUAGAACAUUCUUUCGUACUUUCUUCUGCUUACCUAAUUGGAUGUGGCAAGGAUUUCUUGGCUCCUCUCUCUCUUCUAAGGAUCUUGUAUUAUUUGCAUUCUACAUGUUCAUAAUAGCACCAAAUAACUUGAGAAUGGGUCUAGUCAGACAUCUGAUUUCAGAUCCUACUGGGAUAACUAUGAUAAGGGCCUACUUAACGAUAUAGUAUGUUUCCAUAACUUCUUCCCCAUGUUAGGUACCCUGUAUUGGGAGACAGUUUAGAUUACAUUAGGAGCCAUAGAAGUGAGUAGUUUCUUGUAUGUACAUAUAUUUUACUAAAACCAGAUGUGUUCAUAUGAUUUUGAUAUCCCUUUUCUGCUAUUAAAUUGAAAGUGAUAGAUUCAAAGUUUGAACAUUUUCCCGUAUGUUAGUUUUUAUUUGUUUUUUGUUUUUGUGUUUUUUUUUUUUUCGGGUUGAUUCCAGCAUAAAAGUAUCAUGAUACUUUGUUAACUGAGAUGUUUAUUUUCAAGGAUAAAUUUGGUGAGUGCAGAUAGAGGAG